AUGUCAGUCUCCGACUCCUGGAGUAAUCAUCAGGAAAUCGAAUUCCGCUGGGUAACAUCAUGUCCUACCAACCUUUUGAAACAUCUACAGAUUGAUGCCAAGCGCCAUGCACUGGAUGGCCGACUGGACGAGAUUACAAACAUGAUUGGCAGCUAUCUUUGGAUGAUUGAGGAUCAGUUCAAGGUCGCGAUACAAGCUCGAACAACCGAGCAUGAUUGGAAACCAAACCUCUCAGCAUUUACUCAAAUGGUGUGGACCAUGUUUUACACUGCUGCUCGCUUUUGCAGCACUCUGCAAAGGGAUAGACUGGUCGUUGAGCUCAUGCUCCUUCAUGGGGCGGGUGAUAUGACGUGGUUUGGUGAUGAUAAUCAGAAAAACGUGGCGUCCAUAGGAAAACACGUUUUGUGGACUGAUAUGCCAUUUUUCGCCGAGGACAUGAUUUACUUCUGGAACCUCGAGUUCGCAACAAUGAGCCGGUCGCAACGCCGCAAUGUCCAUUACUUUUUGGCUACAGCAGCUGGCGGCAAUAUCAUAAGCGCCAAGCUCUGUGCCGUUGGCAUUUUGGUUUUGCGAGAAGCUUUUGAAACCACACGAGACAUGGGCGACGACAAUGCUGAAGAUGUCGAAGACAGUAACAGAAAAAUCCAAGAUUUGACUGUUCUAGAUUUGCUCGGCUGUGCUGAGCUUUGGAUGUUGAAAGCAUGGGACCCUAUUAGGAGGCUUUCGUCGAUCGGAUUUUGCGACUACCCUCAGGAGGUCGGACGUCUCGGGCCACUUGCUCGAGAGGCCGGUGUGCCGGAUAACGGCGGCUUCACAAAAGAGAGAUUGGACUUUUGGAGUGCCAGAUUCCAUGGUAUCAUCAAGUUGCGUCACCCUGAAAGAAAAAUUCGCACUUCAACGGAACGCUGGCCGGACUCUUUUGAUUCGUUCGUUUGA